UGUUCCAAUACUUUCAUGCUUUUCCUGCAAAACUGCUUAAAGUUUGAUUCUAAACUUAAUAUCACUGCCUUGGCAUCAGAAGAAGUGAUAAGUGAGCAGAGUUCUCUUGCUAUUUCAAAUGGAGCCAUAUUUUCAGUCAUGUUGAAAUCUCAUCCAUUUGCAAAAAAUAUAUCGCCAAACACAGUUGCUGCGUUAUUUUUACUGAUAGAACGUCUGCUGAAUCCGAAAUCUACAAAGUUCCGCAUAAACUCAAUUCAGAUGAAUCAUAUUAAUGUUUUAGACAUUCUUCUUUGGAUCAUAAAAAGGCAUUGCAUAAUGGGCGAAGGAUUUCUUCCAUUAAAAGCCUUACAAGUGAUACCUUCCAUUAUGCAAAAACUUCUUCUUUAUAACUUCAAUGGGUUGAUUUUUGAGAACAUCUGCCAUUUUAUGCUGUUGCUUCAUGAAUCAUCAGCAACUUAUGUGUGCCACUCACGUUCAGCUUUUUUCUUCUUACGUCCUGUUGACAAAAUUGGUUACGAGAAGAAAGUGGAUUCCAGCACAUGGUACAUAGAUUCGUCAUCGGAUUUUUAUCCACUGCAGCCUUCUUUUCCCUCUUACAAUAGAAGUCUCCUUUCAAAAAGACAAUUAUCUGUUCCAAAUGAACAGAUGGUUCCAUUUCAGAAGAAGUUACCCAAAGUUAAAUCAGCAGAUGAUCUUCUAUUAACAGAAGAGGAAAUCACUUCUUCAGACCCGGAAACAUCCAGUGAUCAGACUUCGUCACUUGAAGAAAAAUUUUCAAAAUCAAUAGAGGAAGAUAUUGGAAAAGAGUUUCCUAUUUUAAUGAGUGUACUGGAAGUCAAGAAUAAAGAAAAAUCUGCAAUAUGUAUAGGCUUAUUGCAAUUGAUACAUGGCUUCAUUUUAAAGAGUUAUUCUACAAACAUCCAGCACCCAUCAGGCAUUAUUCAACUGGAAGUUUUUAUUGUUCUUGCCAAUGCAGUUGAUUCUGAAGUUUGUGCUUUUGCUCUUAAAAUCAUUCAAGCCUACCUGUUUGAGGCCAAUGAAGACACAAAAAAUGCAUUUCUGAAAAUGAAAGGUUUUCAUUUGCUUGCAAAUCAACUUAAUGUUCGAACAUUUGAUAUGAAAGUAUUUGAUGUUUGUUUCUCUCUUAUUUCUGGUGUUCCUCUAUCCUCUGUUAUUGAGUGUAAUAUGUUUUUGUCAAAGGAGGCAUCAGGUUUUCAGAUCAUGUCAUGGCUACCAUUUCUUGCUGUGCUUCCAAGUUCCUAUCUAGAACCAUCCUUGUGUGAGAAAGCAAUAUUACUUCUGAUUAAGUUUCUAAGAAUGGAUUGUAGUGUGAUAGUGGAGUUACUAAACAAUGGAUUGAUGAUGAGUAUUUCUUCGUUAAUCAGCUGCAUUUGUCAUUCCUCAGAAAAGAAAAUUGCUGACAAUCUCCAUGCUCCUAUGGAAGCUCUGCAUUGUUUGCUAAAAGCUGUGUCGUAUGAGUUGUGCAGCUCUAAAAAUGGGAAACACUUUUAUGCUCUUUCAAAUUCUGUGAAUUUGUUUACUGCUUUGGAGAAAAAAUGCCUCGAAGAAUGUGGUGCUGAUUCGCACUGUUUACUGUGCUGGAGAAAAUGUUUAUGUCAUAUCUAUCAGAUUAUUUUUGAAUUUUCUGAGACUCCCAGUUUCCAUCCACCGAUUGAGCAUUCUCCCAUUAGAGACAAGGCCUCAUCUGUGUGGGAACUUCUCAGUGAACUGCAAGAAAGCUUGGGCACUUUCUCUGCUCACCAUGCUGCAGUGAGUACGGACGAUAUUCAACAACAGAAAUCAACAGCUGACAUUGAUGUAGACAAAUUCUGGCGAGAUGUGCCGACUUCAGAAGUCAUCAAAAGACUGGAGUCAUUGGUUGAAGCUAUUACACAUUUUAUUGUUUUUAAAGACCCAAGAAUCAAGAUAAGCCAUUAUGAGAGAGAAUUUGUGAAAAGUUUUUUCAAUUUCUGCAUGAAAGCGAUUAGCAGUACUAUCGUCAGAAAUAUAAAUACAGCUAAACAGGAAUAUUCCAAUCUUAUGUUUUGCAUAAAGGACUCAUUGAAAAACCAACUUGGUCUUUUAAUAUUUUCUUUUUUGUCACCAAGUCAAGAUGUUUUUAUUAAGGAAUAUGUGGUAGAUGUUUUAUCAACUCACCCCUUAAGUAGCAAAAUUCUACGACUAGUUAUUUUUACUAUUACCAAAGUUGAAAUAUUAUUUGCAUUCUUAGUUGAUCUACAGGUAAAUCCAGAAAUGCAGAUAAAAAGAAAUGGUAUAUUGCUGUAUAAAAUUGUCAAAGAGAUUCUUAGGGAGGAUGCACGAGUUGUAGACCUCUUUAGGCAGCCACAAGUAAUUCAAAAAUUGAAAUUAGAAUGGGUUAAGUUAUGGAAUGAAGAUCGGUUGAAAUGGUAUGCUGCAUUAAAUAACUCUAAUGAAAAAUUAUUCCAGAAAUUUGAAUCGUUGGCUCAAGAUGUGUCAUCAAUAGCUUUUAAUAUGACUCAAAAAGUAUUUGAGAUACAAAAUAAUGAAAGAAAACACUUCAUAGAAGAAUUGAAAAGGAAAUACUAUGAAGAGGCUUCUGAACGCCGAAUUUGGCUAAGACUCAUUGAACAAAUGACGCAUGAAAAGGCUGUAUGGUAUCAAAAUGAUCUCUAUCCAAAUUCAUGGGAAUUGGACCCGACUGAAGGACCCUCUCGUGUCAGAAGAAGAUUCAAGCGAUGCUUCCUGAAUCUGGAUUCAAGAUUCCUGAGGGUGGAUACUCAAACAAAAUUGAAUAGAGAUUUGCCAUUUGUGAAUUUGCUUGUGAAUCGAAAUGAAUUUCCAGAUUCUGCUGCUGUUUUGCAUCGAUUACACAGUCAUGAACAAAUACAGUAUACCUCCCCAUGUAAGAUAGUGACAGCUUUUGAUGAAGCUAAGGUAGAAGUGCUAGUAGGUGCUUAUCAUAUUCAUCUUAUUGGGGAGGAAACAUCUUCUUAUGGUAAAAUAAGCCAAAUAUCUGAAAGUUGGCCCUUUGAGACUAUCAAAGAAAUAGUUCCACGACGAUAUGAACUUCAAAAUAAUGCAUUUGAAAUAUUUUUGACUAAUGGGCUAACUUAUCUAAUAGCUUUUGAAUCAGAAAAGGAAUAUCAUCACAUUUGGAAACAAUUGGAAAGUCAUGACCUGCCUUGUAAAUCUAAUGUUGACGUAUCCAUUCUGACUCAGUUAUGGAGAGAGAGGGCUCUCACCAAUUUUGAAUACCUCACCCAAUUAAAUAAACUGUCUGGACGUUCUUUUAAUGACCUUAUGCAGUAUCCUGUAUUUCCUUUUGUGUUAUCUGACUAUGGCAGCUCAUAUCUGGACUUGUGCAAUCCUUCAGUGUAUAGAAAUCUAGAGAAGCCUGUUGCCGUUCAGCAUAAGUAUAGAGAAAAAUUUUACAUGGAUACAUACGAACUGCUGAAAGAACAAGCAAGUUGUUCAUCUUCAACUGAGUUUGAACUACCCAUAUCAGGUCCAUAUCAUUAUGGCUCCCACUACAGUAACAGUGGAACUGUGCUUCAUUUCCUAAUAAGGAUAUUACCAUUUACUUACAGCUUUAUCAAGUACCAGGAUAAUAAUUUCGACAUACCUGAUCGUACUUUUCACUCCAUCGAAACUUCAUGGCAGUUAGUGACUAAAGAUUCUACCAGUGAUGUUAAAGAACUCAUACCUGAAUUUUUCUUUUUACCAGAAUUCUUAUGUAAUAAAAAUGAUUUUGACUUUGGUGUUCGCCAGUCUGGUAUUCGUGUAAAUGAUGUGCUCCUUCCUCCGUGGUGCAAACAGAAUCCACGUCUUUUUGUCCUUAUACACAGACAGGUUUUGGAAUCUGAAAAUGUAACGAGGAGCAUUCACAACUGGAUUGAUCUGGUAUUUGGCUGUAAACAGACCGGUGAAGCUGCAUUCAGUGCUAUUAAUGUAUUUCAUCCAGCUACAUAUUAUGGCCUUGACAUCAACCAAUGGAAGGAUCCAAUUACGAAGCAGGCUGUUCAAGUGAUGAUAAAAACAUUAGGCCAAAUGCCUAAACAGCUGUUCACCAGUCCUCAUCCUAUGGUCUCUAUACCGUUUUCAGCUUUCAGUGUGUCAAAUGAAAUUGCUGAGCCAAUGGAGGUUGUUGACACAGUGAAUGGUUUGCAUUGGGGCAACUAUGUGGGUUCACCAUCUACUGCAGCCCCAAGUCUUGUGUGGUGUAGAAAACAGAAAGUAGUAUUAUGCAACCUCUUGCCUCUUCUUGCCAAUUACAUAUUUGGUUUAGGUGAAAAUAUCUGCCUUAUUUUGAAUCACAGAAAAAAUCCAGGAUCCAAUGUAUCAAGUGCCACUUACAUCAUGUCUGCUGCAUUAGUGAGCUGGGGUCACAAAGAUAAUGUGAUUAGAAUAAAAUUAUGCAGAGACCAGCCUGCUAUACCAUUACUGAAGGAAAACAGCCUCGAUCCUGUGUGUCUCUGUGCAUCUGUACCUGAUUGCCGUGAACUUUUUGUUGCGCACUUAUCUGGAACAAUAUUUGUGUACACACUAUCUCUGGACUCAAAUAAUCUUGAUAGGUUACAGCGAACCUUACCUCUUCAGUUAAAAGGUCAUACCGAUACAAUUACUUCCAUCUGUAUAUGCAAGCCAUUUAGUGUUUUUGUAUCUGGCAGUAAAGACAAAUCCGUCAUAGUUUGGGACUUGAACAAGCUUUGCUAUGUUCGUACUCUGACAAAACACGAAGAAUCAAUCGAUCUGGUGUGCGUCAGUGAUACCCUUGGAGAUGUUGCUUCCAUAAGCAAUGAAGAUGAUCAGGGUCAUUUGAAAGUAUGUACAAUAAAUGGGGAGAGCAUAGGUUGUGUAAAUAUCCCUGAUGUUGUCACUGCAAUGUGUUAUUCCACAGCACCAGAAGGGAUUUCUGUCAAUGUCAUUGCUACUGGAAUGCGAUGUGGAAAUAUAUGUCUUUGGAGCUCUUGGGACUUGAAACCUGUAAGAGAAAUCAUUUGUGACAAGUUUCAUUUUCCUAUAAAAUGCCUAGUUUUUUCAUCAGACAAUCAACACCUAUUUGCCUCUAAUGAGAACGGUACAGUUGCAGUUUGGGAAAAACCCUCCAAAGGACUCUCGAAUGUUCCUCGACUACUCAUUUUUACUUGAAAAUUUGCUUUCAUUGCUAGUGUAGAACAAUUAUCGUUUUUAUGCCAACUCAUUUAAUUUUAACCCAUACAUAUAUUUGAAAUGUUUUAAAAAGAUUCAAGGUUCAUUAAUAAAUACAUUUUAUUCUUUCAA